CCAUUGAUUAUUUAAGAAUUUCAAUUUAACCGAGAAAUUGAUCAAUCGAAUAGGUUAAUUAACUUUUUCGAGUUCUAAAAAUCUGAAUCGAGAUAUUUUCUGCAAAGUCUGUCCACAGAGUCAACGAAUCACCAAGAGUAAAGGCUAAUUUAAUUACAACUUAAAUAUUACCAUUUAAUUGUCAUUAAGACGUUAUGAACAUUGGGAUUCGAGGACGAAUAUAAAUGUCGAUAAUUAUCCAAUAAAUAUAUAAUCCUAAUUAUGUUUUCACAAUUAGAACAAGCAAAAGUUUAGAUAUCCAGUUGAUUCAAUGAAUAGUUAAUUGUAUUUUUGUCUCUCGAUCAAAAUGUUUCAUUUAAUUUCAUUGCCAAAUUUUUCUUUAAUUUUCAUACUUCUUUCAUCGAUAAUUAGUGUUAAUUGUCAUCUUAUAAUCCACGAAUCAAAUGUUUGGGUUCCAAUUUUUAACAACAGUUUACGAGCUCCUUUUUUCUUUUUCAUUGAUAAUAGAUUUAUAUCAUCUAGUCAUUCGAGUCAAGUUCUCAACACGGACCCUUACGCAGUUGGUCAAAGAAUUAGCGUGAAUGGUUUCUCUCCAGCUUAUUUUUAUUCUCAUAGAUUGAAUCAUUAUCUUUUGCACGUGAAGAACGGCAAUGACUUGUACGUGGAAUAUAUCUUCAGGCCUUCUAUUUUUGAACUAAGUGGUGAAGUCACGAGGCACCCGAUUAAUAAUUCGCAUCGUUUGACUUCCAUUUCUCACGAUAUUUCUUACGAUAUUUCAUUGACUGCAAUUGCAUUUAGACUUGGAGUCAAUGUGCCGAAUUCUCCGUUAUUUUAUUUUGUGACAUUUUCUGAGCCUAUUACAUACAUUUAUGUUACUUUUUUUCCCCUCGAACCCACCGUUGACUCGUUUCAUGUUAUUCAUACUUUCAAGUUUCGUGGAUAUAUUUACUCGUUCGGCUUAAUAACAUUUUUAAACCAAAGGCCGGUUUACUUUAUCUCUCGGAUAUCACGUAUUCGGAUUGAGAAUGGAGUUUCUUAUUAUAAAUACGAACAACUGAGUUCGAUCUAUUUUUCUGAACAUUAUAAUCGAGUUGAUAAAGUUCGAUUUGCAAAUUCUUUUUCGCUCAUGAGAGACGAAAAUUCUUACUCUUUUCUUGCUCUCUCUUUGUAUGUUGCCCAUGAAACUGAAGCUCGCAUCUUUUUGAUUCCAUUUAAUCGGAUAAUCGAUACCUUUCAAAGGCGACUUUACGAUUGUUAUCCUACGCGAACUUUUUGGACUGCUCUUAUUUUCGAUAGAAAUUAUCCUGAUUGUUUUAACGUGAGCCUAAGACCCCAACUAGAAAUAUCUAUGCUAAGAUAUGAUUUUACAGGAUUUUAUCUUGAAAAUAUUCUAACGCAAUACUGGACUCAAAUAAUUGAUUUCGUUCCGUUGGCUCUCGAUGCGACUCCUGGCUAUGUUUUUCUCGUUCUUUCCACGGACAUUCGCUUUACCAGAUAUCGAUAUUCAAUCCACUUUGUCGAUGAAAGUUAUCAUGUCGUGACCCAGUCCUACGAGAGGAUCUUCAAUCUACGGGCACGAAUAAAUCUUCAGUUAUCACAAAUUUAUUACUACGCUUUCAGUCAUCCACGAGUUAUAAUUACACUUAAUCAGUAUACAUACACCGAAUCAAUUAUUCUAUGCCCAUUUCUGCAUGAUUCGUGUAUCGAUUGUUUUACAACUAGAAUUUAUCAUCAAAAUAGUGAUUCAUUUCGAUAUUGUCAUUGGAAUCCAGGAAGAUCCUUUUCAUCGGGUCAAUGUUCAACCGUUGAUCAAAAUUCCCCCAAUUCAAGAGUAAUUAGACCCACGGGUCACACAGAAAAUCCAUGUUUCCAUGUCACUAAUGUUUUGAUAAACAACGAUCCCGAUGCACAGAACUUUCGUAUGGACCUCUAUCUCCUUGGUUUCCAUUCAACGUAUGCAUACAUUUUCCCCUUGACCUUUACGCUUGUCGACAAUACAAUAUAUUCCGUUGUUGGAAAUUGUUCUGUUAUCAAGUAUAACCAGUCAAUGAUUUCCCUGAACUGCAGUCAAGUACAUUCUGGUCAAUAUCGAUUAUCCAUCGUCAUGAUACGACGACGAGGUCCUUAUAAUAUAAGAAAUGAUGAUAACUUGAUCACUUAUAGUGAACCUUUCACGAUCAGCUCGUCAAAACCGAACCCGUCUGAUGAUCAGUUGAUAAUUUUACAAGUUUCCGCCUUUAUUGUUUCUAUGAUUACGCUCGUUGUAUUUAUUAUUGUGGCCAAAAAAGCGUGGAACACUUUGAAAAAGACACCUUUAACUUUCAGAUCUAAAUCAUCACUCAUACCAACAACUUAUUCCCUUGAAUUGAACACCAGCAAAAACGAUUCUUUUGAUCAAGUUCCCAUCAAGUAUUUCACUCCCAAGCUAAAAACAAGAAUAAGAGAUGAGUCUCUCAAAACAAAACCUAAACGAUCAAAGAUUCGUUGUUGAUGAUUAUACUAAAGGGUUUGUAGUUUAAAAAGUUCCAUAUGAAGAUUGGAUAAAAGAAAUUUAAUCUUACCUUAAAUGAUGAUAAUGGUCAAUGUGGAGAUAAAGAUGAUGUGAUUCCGAUGAAGGUGAAAUUAAAGGUCGAAGGCGAAGUGAUCACCUUUUCUCUCCAAACAUUAACUAAUUCUCUUGGUAAAGUUUUCAAUCGUAUUGCUUAACAUUGAUGAUGUUAAUUAAUAUAGAGGACGAAUAUAAAUGCCGAUAAUUAUCCAAUAAAUAUAUAAUCCUAAUUAUGUUUUCACAAUUAGAACAAGCAAAAGUUUAGAUAUCCAGUUGAUUCAAUGAAUAGUUAAUUGUAUUUUUGUCUCUCGAUCAAAAUGUUUCAUUUAAUUUCAUUGACAAGUUUUACAUUAAUUUUCAUAUCUCUCUCAUCGAUAAUUAGUGUUAAUUGUCAUCUUAUAAUCCACGAAUCAAAUGUUUGGGUUCCAAUUUUUAACAACAAUUUACGAUUUCCCUUUUUCUUUUACAUUGAUAAUGGAUUUAUAACAUCUAAUUUCUCGAGUAAUGAUCUCAACACGAACUUAUUAUCCGUUGGUACUCCAAGUAGCGUGAAUAAUUUUACUUCAGCUUAUUUUUAUAAUUCUGAUGGUGUAUUUAUGUUGCACCGGAAGCACGGUGAUCAGUAUUUCGCAAAUUAUGUCUACGUUUAUCCUCAUUUUAAUUUUGCCCAAUUUUCAUCCCAUGGUAUUUAUUUUACUCAUCCUUGGAUUCCCUUAACUCGUAACUCUCACCUUGGGAUGAGUUUUAUUUUUGAACUCGAUUUAACGCUUUCUCCCACAAGUCAUGACACUUUAACGUUAUUUUAUUUUGCGAUAUUUGAAAAUUAUCCUUUUAGGUACACAAAUGGUACUUUUUUUUCAAUCGAACCUGCCGUUGGCCACGUUCGAAUUAUUCAAAGUUUCAAAUUUCGUGAAUAUAUUUACUCUUUCGGCCUUCUAACAUUUUCCUACCAAGUCAAUGUUCAAGUUUACUUCAUUUCUCGGAUAUCAAACAUUCGGGUUGCAGGAGAAGUUCCUCAUUAUGUAUACAAAGAACUGCAUUCGACUUCAUUUCGUCAACUUUAUGGUUCAGUUGAUAAAGUUCGAUUUGUAUAUUCGUCGUCUCCCAUGGUCAAUGAAUCGUUCUCUUCCUUGAUUGUCGUCUCUUAUACUCUCUUUAAUAGUACAAGUCGAGUUGCAGUGUUUCCAUUGGCACCGAUAAACAACAACUUUGAACAGAUUGAUUGUCAUUCUACGGCAACUUUUUGGAAUGCUGAUAUUCUCAACGAAUCUAGUCCAAAGUGUUAUAAUGUCCAACAAAGAGUCGAAACAGAAAUAUUUAUGAUACGUGAAGAUUUUGACGGUUUUAUUCUUGAAAAUAUUCUAACGGAAACCUGGAGUCAAAUGAUGGAUUUCGUUCCAUUGGCACUCGAUGCGACUCCUGGUUAUGUUUUCCUCGUUCUUUCCUCUGACACAAGUUUGAUCAGAUUUCGAUAUUCAGUUCACUUUCUUAGAGAAAAUCGGACUCUUAUAAAACAUCCAUUCGAAAGGAUAUUCAAUCUACAAUUUAUCCUGGAUCUAAGUAUAUCACAAAUUUAUUACUACGCUUUUACUCAUCCACGAGUUUUAAUUACAUUUAAUCAGUAUACUUACACCGAAUCAAUUGUUCUAUGUCCAUUUCUGCAUAAUUCAUGUAUGGAUUGUUUUACAACUAAAAUUUACGAUCAAAAUAGUAGGUUUUUGCGUUAUUGUCAAUGGAGACGAGGAAACUCACUAACAUCGGGUGAAUGUUCAAUGGGUAGUCGAGAGAUCCCUGAUUCGAGAGUAAUUGGACCCAUGGGUUACACAGUAAAUCCAUGUUAUCAUAUCUCUAAUGUUUCGAUAAACAACGAUCCCGAUGCACAGAACUUUCGUAUAGACUUCGAUCUCCUUGGUUUCAAUCCAGCAUAUUUAUCUAUUUUCCCCUUGCACUUUACUUUAGUAGACAAUACAACAUAUUCUAAUAUUGAAAAUUGUUUUAUUACAAGUUAUGAUCAGCAAAGGAUUUCCCUGGACUGCAGUCAAGUUCAUUCUGGUCAAUAUCGGUUAUCUAUCUUUAUGCUUGCACGAAGAGUUCCACAUUAUUUAGCAAGAAAUGACAGCUUGGUCACUUAUAGUGAACCUUUCGCCAUCAUUUCAACACCUAUUACUUCAACCCCUUCGACUCCUUCGACUCCUGAAUCUUCAUCUUCUUACAACCUGUUGAUAUUACAAGUUUGUGCUUUUAUUAUUUGCGUGAUUUUGCUCGCUGUAUUUUACAUUGUAACCAAAAAAGCAAAGGAAACAAUGAACAGUACAAAGAAUCUUUCAUCCAAAAGUUCAUUGUCGGCGAAAAGAAUUCGAUAUAAAUCAUCACUAACUUCCAAAUCUAAAUCAGCAUUCAUACCAAUGGUGUAUUCUCGUGAAUCGCUCUUUAGAGAAAGCAAUCCAAUUGAGCCAAAAGUUACCACGAGCGACCAUUCCAUAUCCAAGACCAUCUCAACAUUUAAACAGAAAAAAAGAAUAAGAAAUUCGUCUCUUGAUACAAAAUCUAAACGAUAAAAGAUUCGCGGUUGAUUAUAAAAACAAUAGAAGAGACAAUAAACAAUUAACCAAAAAGUACAACAAUUUACUCAAAUUUAGAAAUUAAAUUAUACAAUUUACAUGAACAAGAAGAAAUCUUGACCCUUUCGAUGAUGAAUUUAGCAGAUAAAUAGAUCAAUAGAUUCUUUUUCGAGCUCUAAAUGCCAAAUGUAUCGUUUUCGAAAAAAAAACUGAUCCCUCAACCAUCAAAACGCUAAAACUAAAGAAUGAUUUAAUUUAGACUUUGAAUUUAAUAUUGAAAUCGAGAAAUUA